UAGGCCACCACACUCAUUUGUUCAUGUGGGGUCUGACUCACAUGUGAGCAUGUCCUUCGAGCAAAAAUAAAGGGGAGGGGAGCAUGCACAUUGGAAAGGCUGUGACUGCUCUCUGAAGGGAAGGAAGCUCUCAAUGGUGUGGUGGGUUACGGUCACCCAGGAGUCCUGUCUAGCCCAAGAAGAUUCUAGCCAUGUCAAGAAGGGAAAGGAAAGCCACUGAAAGUGCUGGCAAGCCCACAAAGCUGGAUCCAAAUCUCAUAUCAGAUGACACCCAGAAGCCAGGUGCAGUCAUCCCAGUGCACCAAGAAGUCAUUGAUCUCAGUAAUGAGGACAUUACUUCCUCUGGAACAGAAGGGCAACAAGCCAGGAAGGAAAUACAGGAUUUGUUUGAAGAAUUUGAAGAGCCCAUUAAGAACUUUCUUGAAGGAAACAGAGAAAGAUUCACGGCGAUCAUCGCCUCGUCUUUCGAAACCAUGGAGCAGAAAGUUGAGGAUGUUCUAAAAAGCCAGUGUGAACAGAGGCAGAAACUGUAUCAAGACUAUUCUCUUCAGAUUAUGAAUUUGAGUAGGAAGUUAUCCAUGGAUGCAGAUCAAGUCAAGAAGCAUGCAGAAAAACUCUCUAGUAUGUUUAAGGAGCAACGGAAAUUUAUUCAUCAAACUCUGAUUCUUCAGAAGAAGAGAAUGGAAGAAUUUAAAUCACUGUGUGAACAAUACCUGGAGAAACUUGAGACCCUGAGGGAUUCCCGGGGAAAUUCUGUGGCUGAAGAGCUGAGACAUCUAAUAGCCACCUUGGAAAUAAAACUUCUGAUGGUGGAUGGCCAGCAAGAGAGUGCUGCUGCUGCUCAACAGUCUCUCCUGGAUCUGUUAUUCUCAUAAUGCUUUGAAGAAACAAAAGUUGAUACAAGAGGAGUUUGCUGGCUGAAGCUGCUUGAUGUUUGCAGCUUCAACAACUGUAUCUUCUUGUGUUCUCCUGUUCCUAAAGAUGUUCCUUUCUGUUAAAAUGCAAAUAAACCCAAGGAUUUGUGUGACUGCACUCCAAAGAUGGCUGUAGGAAGCCCCAGGUAGUAAUGGAGAGUUUUUCUUGGUAGCAUCCAAAUUAACGGUUAGCAGUGCAUCGAUACAGUGGGGUCUUGUACCUCAGCAUCACUUUCCCAAAUUAGAAGGCCCAAGAGUGGUCCAUCCUUGUCACCUUUAGAGAAUUAGUUAAAGAAUACACACUCUUGCCAUUACAUUCUGCUGUUAAAUCUGUUCCGUCAUUGAGCCUAUGGCAUGGAACUUUCCAAAGGCAAUGUGUCCUGUAUACUUUAAAAGACUGUGCUCCAGAGUUACUUAAAUUGGUAGAAUCCAUUGAACGUCCCGAGUAAGAAAGAUGUGAGUAAUGUGACACGAGUUUGUGAAAAGUCACUUUCAGAGAACAUUUACAAGGUCUUUCAAUUAAAUGUGGUCUGCUAUCUAAUGCCAUCUGCCUGUCACAUUAACAGUUGAUCCUUAGCAUGUAUACAGCUCAGUCCCUCAUAGCUUAUGUAUUUUAUCCUUUGUAUGGAUAGGAGUAACUGAAAAUGUUUUGUUUUUCAAUUGUAUUGUGCAUGUUGUAUGUGAACGUCAAUGAUAUACAAGGUCGUAUGUACACUUAAAGCUCUUGUUCUGUGAUUUCCUAGAUAUAGAUAUGGAUAUGGUUAUGGAUAUUGAUCUACCUGCCAUGGGAAAUCUUUACUUGGAAACAUUUGAUUUAAUAAACAUGAAAUUGUUUCAGA